AUGACCCGCAGGUAUUUGGCUAUCCGCUAUCCGCUGCACUCCCGCGAGCUGCGCACGCCUCGCAACGCGCUGGCGGCCAUCGGGCUCAUCUGGGGGCUGUCGGUGCUCUUCUCCGGGCCUUACCUGAGUUACUACCGCCAGUCGCGGUUGGCCAACCUGACCGUGUGCCACCCUGCGUGGAGUGCAGCUCGCCGCCGCGCCAUGGACCUCUGCACCUUUGUCUUCAGCUACCUGCUACCGGUGCUGGUGCUCGGCCUGACCUACGCGCGCACUCUGCGCUACCUCUGGCGCGCAGUCGACCCGGUGGCCGCCGGCUCAGGCGCCCGGCACGCCAAGCGCAAGGUGACGCGCAUGAUCAUCAUCGUGGCGGCACUCUUCUGCCUCUGUUGGAUGCCUCACCACGCGCUUAUCCUCUGCGUGUGGUUUGGCCGCUUCCCACUUACGCGCGCCACCUACGCGCUGCGCAUCCUCUCACACCUGGUCUCCUACGCUAAUUCAUGCGUCAACCCCAUCGUCUACGCGCUGGUUUCCAAGCACUUCCGCAAAGGCUUCCGCAAGAUCUGCGCGGGCCUGCUACGCCGCAGCCCUAGCAGAGCCUCGGGCCGCGUGUGCGUCGUGGCGCAGGGCACCCGCAGCGGCAGCGUGCUGGAGCGCGAGUCCACCGACCUGACGCACCUGAGCGAGGUGGCCGGGCCCUCUGCCCCUGCGCCGCCGUCUCCUAGCGGCUCAGCCUCGCGCCGGAUCCUGGGCCAAUCUUGGCUGGACCAAAAGGCCCCCAACGGCAUCCUGACACGCAUCCCGGUCUCCAGCUCCAGCCGCGGCGAAGCUCACUUCGCCUGCAGCUCCGCGGAGUCGCGCUGGACGCUGCGGUGGCUGGAGCCGCCGAAGCCGCGCGCUCGCCAAGACCCAGACGGCUGCAGGAGCCCGGGUAGUCUAGGGUUCAGCGGCACCAUGAAUGGCUCGGGUGGCCCUGGGCCCGAGAACGCGAGUGAGGCGGGCGGCGGGGGCAGCUGGCAGCCAGAGGCGGUCAUUGUGCCCAUGCUAUUCGCGCUCAUCUUUCUCGUGGGCACCGUGGGCAACGCAUUGGUGCUGGCCGUGCUGCUGCGCGGCGGCCAGGCGGUCAGCACCACCAACCUGUUCAUCCUCAACCUGGGCGUGGCCGACCUGUGUUUUAUCUUGUGCUGCGUACCCUUCCAGGCCACCAUCUACACCCUGGACGGCUGGGUGUUCGGCUCGCUGCUCUGCAAGGCCGUGCAUUUUCUCAUAUUCCUCACCAUGCAUGCCAGCAGCUUCACGCUGGCCGCUGUCUCCCUAGACAGAUUUAUCUUAGGUCUUGCGCACAGAGGCCGGAAGCAGGUGGCUAAGGACUUUGGAUUUCGGGGUGUCUACCUCCCCGGAAACUCAGGAGAUGGAGUGCCCACCUACAGGAAGGAAGCACCCCGCCUCGGCGGGGAACAGCCUCAGCGCUAUCCUCUGGGGACCACCCUGAGAAAGCAUUGA